UUGGAUUUUCUUAGCAGUGUCCAUCGUUUCAUUUGGUGAAACGAGGAACACUCUCUUCGUUGCAGAGAUUGAUGUCAUACUGCGAAUCCCUAUGCUUUAGCUUUCCAACAAAAGUGUUUGUCUUCAACUUCUGGACAGAAGAAGGAUAUUGAUGAGAAUCAACAACGAGAGACGCAUUCUGUAGUAUUUCACGUGAAGCUUGAACCAUGUCUUCUACAUCUUGGACCCUUUCCCUCUCAUGUUCAAGCUCUGUGAUACAAUCGUCAAAAGACUCAUCUCUUCCAUUGAUAUUUCAGUGGUUAAGAUUCAUUUUCCUCUCUCCCUGUCCCCAAAGAGUCCUGUUAUCUUCGGUUAACCUCUUGUUCUGGCUCAGUCUCAUUGUAUUUUUAGUUCAAAAGCUUCGUUCGAGGUUCAUAGCCAAUGGCCGACCCAGCUCUGAUAUCAACAAGCCCUUUAUCAGAAACAACAGAGUUGUUCUCAGAACUACAAUAUGGUUCAAACUCUCUCUGAUUGUCACUGUUCUGUUAGCAUUUUCUUUCACAAUUAUCUGCAUUCUAGCUUUCACUAGAAGCACGGAACAGCCAUGGAAGCUAGUUGAUGCACUAUUUUUGUUGGUCCAAGCCAUAACUCAUGCAGUGAUUGCAAUCUUAAUCAUUCACGAGAAAAGAUUUGAAGCUGUUACUCAUCCGCUUUCGCUUAGAAUUUAUUGGGUUGCAUUUUUCAUCAUUGUUUCUCUAUUCUCAGUUUCGGGGAUCAUUCGUUUGGUCUCUUUUGAAGCAACCCUUUUUCCCAGUUUGAGAGUGGAUGAUAUAAUUUCCAUACUGUCUUUUCCCUUUUCGAUUGUCCUUCUAUUUGUUGCAAUUAGAGGGUCAACUGGAAUUACAGUGACCAGAGAUUCUGAACCUGAAAUGGAUGAAGAAACCAAAUUAUACGAACCUCUUUUGAGCAGAUCCAAUGUAAGUGGAUUUGCUUCAGCUUCUGCAAUAUCUAAAGCCUUUUGGCUUUGGAUGAAUCCCUUGCUUACUAAAGGUUACAAACGCCCUCUCAAGAUUGAAGAAGUUCCAUCACUAUCGCCGGAACAUAGAGCUGAAAGAAUGUCGAAGCUCUUUGAAUUAUAUUGGCCAAAACCAGAAGAAAAAUCCAAGCACCCGGUUGGAACCACACUGUUGCGGUGCUUUUGGAAGGAAGUUGCAUUCACUGCAUUCCUUGCAAUUGUGAGGCUCUGUGUGAUGUACGUUGGACCUGUUCUUAUUCAAAGUUUUGUUGAUUACACUGCUGGAAAAAGGAGUUCAGUUUAUGAAGGAUACUACCUUGUGUUGAUUCUCCUUGUUGCAAAAUUUAUAGAAGUGCUAUCAACUCACCAGUUCAACUUCAACUCCCAGAAACUUGGAAUGCUCAUUAGGUCCACUCUUAUCACUUCCUUAUACAAAAAAGGGCUGAGGCUAUCCUGCUCUGCGCGGCAGGCUCAUGGGGUUGGACAGAUAGUGAAUUAUAUGGCUGUUGAUGCACAGCAACUUUCUGAUAUGAUGCUACAGCUACAUGCUAUCUGGUUAAUGCCAUUUCAAGUUGGUGUUGCUUUGGUUCUCCUAUAUAACUAUCUUGGUGCCGCAGUCAUCACAGCAGUCAUUGGACUUGUUGGUGUAUUUAUAUUUGUUGUGUUUGGCACACGAAGAAGAAACAAGUACCAGUUCAGUUUGAUGGAAAAACGUGAUUCAAGAAUGAAGGCAACAAAUGAGAUGCUUAAUUACAUGCGGGUGAUUAAGUUCCAGGCUUGGGAAGAACAUUUCAAUAAGAGAAUCCAGUCUCUCCGUGAAUCAGAAUUUGGUUGGCUAUCCAAGUUCUUGUACUCGAUAGCUGGAAAUAUUGCAGUGAUGUGGUGCACUCCAGUGCUGAUAUCAACUAUUACAUUUGGUACUGCCAUUUUCAUGGGAGUCCAUCUGGAUGCAGGGACUGUGUUUACCACAACAACAAUCUUUAAGAUCUUGCAGGAGCCCAUAAGGACCUUCCCUCAAUCUAUGAUCUCACUUUCACAAGCGAUGAUAUCUCUGGGAAGAUUGGAUCAUUACAUGAUGAGUAGGGAAUUGGUGAAUGAUUCGGUGGAAAGAGUGGAGGGGUGUGACGGGAGAAUCGCUGUGGAGGUAAAAGAUGGGGUGUUUAGUUGGGACGAUGAAAUUGGAGAAGAAUGUUUGAAAAAUAUAAAUUUGACGGUCAAGAAAGGGGAGCUUGCUGCUAUUGUUGGGACCGUGGGAUCUGGAAAGUCUUCUCUCUUGGCCUCUAUUCUUGGUGAGAUGCACAAAGUAUCAGGAAAGGUCAAAGUUUGUGGGACAACUGCUUAUGUAGCUCAAACAUCAUGGAUUCAAAAUGGGACAAUUCAAGAAAACAUCCUCUUUGGUUUGCCGAUGAACAGGGAGAAAUACAGGGAAGUUAUCAGGGUUUGUUGUCUGGAGAAAGAUUUGGAAAUGAUGGAGUAUGGAGAUCAGACUGAAAUUGGAGAGCGUGGCAUUAAUCUCAGUGGUGGACAGAAGCAGCGGAUACAACUUGCCAGAGCUGUUUAUCAGGAUUGUGAUACGUACCUACUUGAUGAUGUCUUUAGUGCUGUGGAUGCUCAUACUGGAUCAGAUAUAUUUAAGCAAUGUGUAAGAGGAGUUCUCAAAGGCAAGACCAUAUUACUUGUAACGCACCAAGUGGACUUCUUGCAUAAUGUUGACCUUAUCUUGGUAAUGCGAGAUGGGAUGAUAGUGCAAUCAGGAAAGUACAAUGAUCUAGUAACUUCUGGUAUGGAUUUUGGAGCAUUAGUAGCUGCUCAUGAAACAUCUAUGGAACUUGUAGAAGUUGGAAAAACCAUGUCUGGUGCAGAUUCCCCCAAAACACCAAAAUCUCCUAACCAUGGGGAAGCAAAUGGUGAGAAUAAGCUUGUACAACGGUCAAAUUCUGUCAAGGGAACUUCUAAGCUAAUCAAUGAGGAAGAAAGAGAAACCGGUAAAGUUAGCUUGCAGGUAUAUAAAAUAUACUGCACGGAGGCAUUUGGAUGGUGGGGUGUAAUAGCAGUGUUGCUAUUUUCUCUGUUGUGGCAAGGGUCUAUAAUGGCUGGUGAUUAUUGGUUAUCAUAUGAAACAGCAGCAGACCGUGCGCUGUCAUUUAAUCCUUCCAUGUUCAUUAGUGUCUAUGCAAUUAUUGCAGCUGUGUCAAUUCUGAUGUUAGUGGUGAGAUCCUUUUUUGUUACGCAUAUGGGGCUCAAGACGGCCCAAAUUUUUUUUGGCCAAAUUCUUCAAAGUAUCUUGCAUGCCCCCAUGUCAUUUUUUGAUACCACACCUUCAGGAAGAAUUUUAAGUCGGGCAUCGACUGAUCAAACCAACAUUGAUCUUUUCCUCCCGCUCUUUAUUGGCAUUACAAUUGCCAUGUACAUCACACUGCUUAGUAUCUUCAUAAUCACGUGUCAAUAUGCUUGGCCAACAGUAUUCUUAUUAAUACCACUUGCUUGGGUGAAUUACUGGUAUCGGGGAUAUUACCUUGCAACAUCUCGGGAAAUAACUAGGCUCGACUCAAUAACCAAGGCACCAGUUAUUCAUCACUUUUCAGAAAGCAUUUCUGGAGUUAUGACCAUUCGCUCUUUCGGAAAGCAGCAUGAAUUUUGUCAGGAAAAUGUUAACCGAGUUAAUGCCAAUUUGUGUAUGGAUUUCCACAACAACGGAUCAAAUGAAUGGUUGGGUUUCCGUCUGGAACUGUUGGGAAGUUUCACUUUCUGCGUUGCCACUUUGUUUAUGAUCUUGUUACCCAGUAGCAUUAUAAAACCAGAGAAUAUUGGUUUGUCUCUCUCGUACGGGCUGUCCCUCAAUGCUGUGCUGUUCUGGGCCAUAUAUAUGAGUUGCUUUGUGGAAAAUCGGAUGGUAUCUGUUGAGAGGAUAAAGCAAUUCACAAACAUCCCAUCAGAAGCAGCUUGGGAGAUUAAAGAUCGUCUUCCUCCUCCAAAUUGGCCUGCACGUGGCAAUGUUGACCUCGAAGACUUGCAGGUAAGAUAUCGUCCCAAUACUCCUCUGGUUCUCAAAGGCAUUACUCUCAGCAUUCACGGGGGAGAGAAGAUUGGUGUUGUUGGUCGUACUGGAAGUGGGAAGUCAACUUUGAUCCAAGUUUUCUUUAGGCUGGUGGAACCUUCCGGGGGAAGAAUAAUUAUUGACGGUAUUGACAUUUCCUUUCUGGGGCUUCAUAACCUUAGGUCUCGCUUUGGGAUCAUUCCUCAAGAACCAGUCCUUUUUGAAGGAACUGUGAGAAGCAACAUUGAUCCAAUUGGUCAGCAUUCAGAUGAAGAAAUAUGGAAGAGCCUUGAGCGUUGCCAACUUAAAGAUGUUGUGGCUGCAAAACCUGAUAAACUUGAUUCUUUAGUGGUUGAUAACGGAGACAACUGGAGUGUGGGACAAAGGCAGCUCCUGUGUCUGGGGAGGGUUAUGCUAAAGCGCAGCCGGCUCUUGUUCAUGGAUGAGGCUACUGCUUCUGUUGAUUCACAAACUGACGCUGUAAUUCAAAAGAUCAUUAGAGAGGAUUUUGUGGCCUGUACAAUUAUCAGCAUCGCUCACAGAAUACCAACUGUCAUGGAUUGUGAUAGGGUUUUAGUAAUAGAUGCAGGAUGGGCAAAAGAAUUUGAUAUGCCAUCCCGUUUGCUUGAGAGGCCUUCAAGAUUCGGGUCAUUGGUUCAGGAGUAUGCAAAUCGAUCAGCAGGAUUAUAAAGCAAAGCUUUCCUGUCGCUAAUAUUAACCAUAACUUGUGGCAGAUAGACAGGACCCGCAUUGGAACUUAAUAAUAAUUCAUAGGUCUACGUGUACUUUAAAUUUUAAAAUAUAUAUUGAUGUCAUAGUUGAAAUUUGUAAUGUUAUUCACCUUCCUCAGAAAGGGGGGAGACCAACUGUAGCAACGUAAAUAAACCUUUCUUAAUUAAUGCUUAUUUUCUUCUUCUGGA